AUGUUUGCCAAGAAAGUCGGUGAAAAUUAUUCGUCGACAAAGUCUGCGAGAAAACUGCCUGUACCUACUUCAACACUGCGACAGGAUAGUUAUGCGACGCCAAUUAGCAGCAAUGACAUCACGGGAAACUCGAGACCUGUACAAAGAUCUGUGGCGUAUAGUGGCGAAUCACUUUGGGAGUCACGCAUUGCCCAAUUCGAAAUCACCGUACAAUUAAAUGGUUGGGAUACCACGCAAAUGGCGGCAUAUCUGGCGACGAGUCUAAAAGGUCCUGCUUUAAACGUAUUGGGAAAUCUAUCUCCAGAACGUCGUCAAGAUUACCGUGCUCUAUUAGCAGCCCUUGGAAGAAGUUUUGGGUCAGCCCAUCGCACGGAAUUAUCACGUGUAAAGUUCAAGCAUCGAGUAAGGCAGGGAGAUGAAAGCUUGGCAGCUUUGGCUGAGGAAUUGGAGCGUCUGGAUCGUUUGGCGUAUCCGGAAGCGUCCCAAGAGCUGCAGGAUGUAUUAAGUCGUGAUCAGUUCAUCGACGCCUUAUCUGAUGAAGAUAUGCGCCUCAGGAUAAAGCAAGAAAGGCCAAAAUCUUUACAGAAAGCGUCAGAAUUGGCCUUGGAACUGGAAUCAUUCCAGAUCGCGAGUAAACAAAGGUUGUUCAAAACCAGUCGUGAAACGAAAUUUGACGCCGAAAAGGCACGUAAUGAAGAAACGGAGAAAAAGGGUAGUCGGACUACUCUACCAAAAGAUUUAGCAUCCAUGUACGAGAUGAUGGAUCGCCUGGAGAAGUCCAUGCGCGAAUAUUUGUCGGAAGUGGUGAUUGCGGUUGGCAAACGGAGGAAACCUGCACCUGGGGUGGAAAAAGCUGUUUGUUGGAGAUGUGGUAAAUCGGGUCACUUUCGACGAAAUUGA